GGCGGUGAGGGGCUUCAUUACCAAAUACGGCUAGAUCGAUCCUGCUGCUCCAGAUCGAAGUUCGCAAGCAAACACAGCAAACUCACGAGACCCCGCGACGCGCCGCGUCCAACACGAACUCGCCAGAAAUGGUCAUAUGGAAAAAGGCAGACAACAAAACGAUACAUAUAUUCACUUGGGUGGCCUCCCGUAUUUCUAUCAUAUAACUAAAAAAAAACAUGGACGGCGGAUACGGGAAUCAAUACAGCUCCUACGGCGGCGGCGGCGGCGGUGGUUUCAUGCCUGGUGAACUGAACAGUCCUUCGGGGGGGAAGAGUGACGCCAACAACCCAACCCUCCGCCCAGUCACAGUUAAACAAGCUCUUGAUGCCACACAACCAUACCCCGAAGCCAAUUUCCACAUCGACGGUGCCGACGCAGCGAGCAUCUUCUUCAUCGGACAGGUCCGCAAUAUCAGCACGCAGAGCGUCAACAUCACGUACAAAAUCGACGACGGCACCGGAGAGAUCGAAGUUAAGCAAUGGCCCGACUCCGCCUCCAUUGGCAUAGACGAGAUGGACACGGACGAGAACAAGUCGUCGAAGACAAAAGUCGAGCAGAACAGCUACGUCAAGGUGUUUGGUAAAUUGAAAGCGUUCGGGAAUAAGCGAUAUGUGAACGCGCAUUGUGUCCGGCCCUUGGCGGAUAUUAAUGAAUUGCAUUAUCAUCUGCUGGAAGCAACGGCCGUGCAUCUGUUCUUUACGCGAGGUCCACCAGGAGGUGCGCCAGGUGCGGCUGGAGGAGCAACUGAGGGUGGUGUGGCCGGAGGCGAUGACUACAGCGGCAAUGGUCGCGCACUACCUCCCAUGUCGCCUGUCGCGCGGAGAAUCUAUAACCUGCUGAAGAGCGAGCCCCAGAGCAACGAGGGUCUACACGUGCAGCAUAUUGCUGCUAAGCUUGGUCUCCCUGUCACGGACGUGACGAAAGCGGGAGACGAGCUGCUCAGCUCUGGUGUUAUAUUCUCUACUUUUGAUGAGAUGACGUGGGCCAUCCUGGAGUACUAAUGACACUCGUAAUACCCGUGAUGAUCUAUCGGCAAGGAUGUCUUUAAACAGGAUGAAAGACCAAAAAGAAAAAGAAAAGAAAAGAAAAGAAAAGAUAUCUGGGGCCUCUUCAUUUCGUCAGAGCUGUACAGUACCAGGCGUUUUUGUUAUUGCAUGCGCAAUUAU